CGACCGUUUCGGUCUCCGAGACUCUGAGACUCAGUCGCGAUCUCGGUCUGGAUCUUGGAUUUAGUCUCCAGCGGGUCUUGAGUGCGUUCAGACGUGUGCAGCAGAGAUCUUGGAACGCCGAACGGCGAAUGGUGAUCGGUGAUCGGUGAUCAGUGACCAGUGACCAGUGGGCAGAGAGCGAAUAGCCAAGAUUCAAGAGCCUAGGCAAACAUAAAUUCAAUACAUCCGAUCCGACCGUUCGGUUUCAUAGUGUGCUUAAGUGUGGGAUCGAUCGUGGGAUCUGAUUAGUGUCUGCGACGCCUCUGCAAAUAUUGGCCAACGGUUAAUGGCCAUGAAGAAGCUCUAUGCGAAGACCUCGUUCACCAGCAAGAAGCCAUCGAGUGCCGCCAAUUCCUCGCCGAUAUUGGCCUACCACCACCACCACCAACAGCAGCUGCAGCAGCAGCCGGGCAAUGGCAUAUGCGAGUUCCAGGUGGCACCUGGUCACUCCGGCGAGCUGAUACGCCGCAGCCAGAGUAUGCACCACAAGUUGUCGCCUCCAGUCGGGGGCUUGGGCUCCAAGUCGGAGUACUACAGCAUAGAGGAGCUGCAGGAGCUGGACUUGCUGGACUAUCGUCAUCCCAUGUACCAUCACUACCAGCAGCAGGAGCUGAGGCAGCGCUACCACGAGCACGAGCAGUUGGUGCUGCAGUUACCCAAGGCUAGUCCAAAGGCAGGACCCAUCUACGAGGCACCGCAGAGAUCUCAGCAGCAGCAGCAGGAUCAGAUGUUGUAUGUACCAACGGCAACUCAAAGAGAUUCACCAAGUGCAGCCACAUCGAUAGCCAGUUCAUCUACCCUAACUUCGUCCCCAUCCUCCUCUUCAUCUCUGAUCUUUUCCACUUUGCGCAAAUGCGUUUCGCCCUCGAAUCCCUCGGUGAAUCCGAACCCACCCUCGAAAACUCAACCCUCCAAACUGGGCUGCUCCAUGUCGUUUUCAAUUAGAACGACAACGGCAACAGCAGCAGCAGCGGCAGCAUCAACACUAUCGACACAACAACCACAUCAGCAGGCACAGCAGCAACACAAGCAACAUCUCUAUAGCAACAUACAUCAUUAUCUGAUUCGACAACAACAGCAGCAGAAACAACACCACACAUUACAACGUCGCCAUAAUUCGGUCAAAGAUAAAUUCAUUGGGGGCAUUACAACGAUUUUUGCUGAGCAGAGUAUUAUUGGGGCGCGGGCCUCUGUGAUGGUGUACGAUGACAACCAGAAGAAGUGGGUGCCCUCGGGCAGCUCGUCGGGAUUGAGCAAGGUGCAGAUCUACCACCACCAGCAGAACAACACGUUCCGGGUGGUGGGCCGAAAGCUGCAGGAUCACGAGGUGGUCAUCAAUUGCUCCAUUCUGAAGGGACUGAAGUACAACCAGGCCACGGCCACCUUUCAUCAAUGGCGCGAUUCGAAAUUCGUCUACGGCUUGAACUUCUCGAGCCAAAACGAUGCGGAGAACUUUGCAAGGGCCAUGAUGCAUGCCCUGGAAGUGCUCAGUGGUCGCGUGGCGAACAAUCCAGGUGGACCGCCCACAAAUGGCAAUGGCUAUGAGGAGGACAUGGGCUAUCGCACGAUGACCAGCGAGGAUGCAGCCAUUCUGCGCCAGAACAACAGCAUAGGUGGGCACGUCACGCCCUCGGCCCAGACGCCCACCUCGCAGACCAACCAGAACAACAUCCCCCAGAGCCCGCCGACGCCCCAGGGUCACCAUCGCACCAGCAGCGCCCCACCGGCACCACAGCCCCAACAGCAGCAGCAGCAGCAGCAGGCGCAGCAGAUGGGUCAGCCGGGAUCCCACUACGGACCCACUGGCAAUGGACCCACUUCGAAUGGCCUGCCCCAGCAGGUGAACUCACAGAUUCCGCCGGCACCGCAGCAGCAGCCGCAACAGCAACAGUUUCAGCAGCAGCAGCAGCAGCAACAGCAAUAUCAGCAGAUGGUCCAGGUCCAGGCGGGCUAUGCGCCUUCUCAGCAGUAUCAGCAACCCCACUACGUGCUCUCCAAUUCUAAUCCCAAUCUAACUGUGCACCAAUACCCGUCACAGCAGGCGCAGCAGCAGCCGCCGCAAGCGCCACAGCCGCCGCUCCAGAACGGUGGAAUGUACAUGGUGGGCCAUGGUCAUCUUCCGAGCUCCGCGAGCGCCAACAGUGUUGUGUACGCCAGCCAGCAGCAGAUGCUGCCGCAGGCGCAUCCACAGGCACCUCAAGCGCCGGCGAUGCCAGGUCCGGGCUACGGAGGUCCACCAGUGCCUCCGCCCCAGCAGCAGGCAGAGAAUCCGUACGGACAGGUACCCAUGCCGCCGCCAAUGAAUCCGUCGCAGCAACAGCAGCCAGGUCAGGUGCCUCUAAACCGGAUGAGCAGCCAGGGCGGUCCGGGUGGCCCACCGGCUCCUGCUCCGCCGCCGCCACCACCCAGUUUUGGGGGAGCUGCUGGAGGAGGACCACCGCCGCCAGCCCCGCCACAGAUGUUUAACGGCGCACCGCCGCCGCCAGCCAUGGGUGGCGGACCGCCGCCGGCUCCGCCAGCACCGCCAGCCAUGGGCGGCGGUCCACCGCCAGCACCAGGCGGCCCAGGGGCACCACCACCACCACCUCCGCCGCCGGGAUUGGGAGGAGCGCCUAAGAAGGAAGAUCCCCAGGCAGAUCUCAUGGGCUCACUGGCCUCCCAGCUGCAGCAGUUUAAGCUCAAAAAGAAUAAGACCACCACCUCAGCUCCGGAGAAUAGCGGCAGCAGCACCUCCAGCGGAGGCAGCGGCAACUAUGGAACCAUCGGACGAAGCUCUAAUGGCAUGGCCUCCAUGAUGGACGAGAUGGCCAAGACGCUGGCACGACGACGCGCCCAAGCAGAAAAGAAGGAUCCCGAUCCUGAAGCCGAGGUAAAGAGACGACCCUGGGAGAAGUCCAACACACUGCCCCAUAAGUUGAGCGGCGGAGCAGGCAGCGGAUCGGCUGGAAAUGGUCACGAGGGAGCGAAUGGAAACUCGGGCGGCGCUGGAAGCAACACAACGAACAGUGGCGGCGAGUCCCCGCGACCCAUGCGCAAACGUUUCGGUAGUGCCAGCGAAGAGACCAUUCUCAAGGUCAAUGGCGAUGGCCUGUCGUUGGCGCUUUCCAACGGCGACUUGGACACACUGAAGGCUGAGAUUGUGCGCGAAAUGCGGCUGGAGAUCCAGAAAGUCAAAAACGAGAUAAUAGAUGCUAUCAAAUCGGAGUUCAAUCGCAGAUAGAUCAAAACGCUGCCACGAUAAACGCGAACGUGUACCAGGCUCUAUCCAACUCACACCACUGCUGUCGUCCGUAAAAGGACGAAGAUCAGGAUCAGAAUCAUGAGGCUGGAGAGGAGCAGGAGCCGGGCGUGUAAUGUAUUCGAUGAUCGAAGCUCGCAACAUUGCCAGAAUGUUGACGAUCGAUCGACGAAGCGAUGGCAUGUGCAUAGGCAUAGAUACGCAUAUUUAUGAUGCAUUUGCUCUAGGUUAACACAAACAUCUAGGCUAACACAAACACACACACAAAGAUACCGAGAAAGAGAAGAAAUUUAGUCAAAGUAAUUAUAUUUUAAAGGGAAGAACUGCUUACCGACUUCUAUAAGUUAUGUAACUAACUCUGUUGUACAUUAUUUUGCAUAAGUCUAUAAGCCAAUUUUAGUGUGAGAACAAGAGAAUUGCUUGCAAUGUUCGGUAUAUCGUAAUCCCCCCUCUUUUUCGUUUGUUUUCCAUACCCCACCUUUAUCUAUUAGUUUGUUAUGCUCGCCGGGAUUUUUCUAUUGUUUCGUACAAAAAAAAUCAAAAAUGAACAACGUUUGUAAUUAUACAUAGAACGUAUCUCUCUAAACACAGCCACAAAAACAUGCAUAUAUAUAUGGUUUAAUAUAUAUGGACUACUCAUUAACCUAACCUAAAGGGAACUAGUAUUACGACUCAAAACGAUACAAAAACAAUUCCACGAACGUCAUCCAUCAAAGCUCCUGAAAAAAUGGCAAAACUCCACGCAUUUCCUACAACAAAACCACAACAUUUUCCUAAGCACACGAUCUCAUACGACUCAAUUUAAGAACCAGCAAGUCUUCAGUAAAUCAGAAACAUAAACAUAAACAAAAACAGUUCAAAGCGGAAUUGAGCGUGGUGUUCAGGACUCAGAUUUAGCUCGAGCAACUUAGCAUUAGUGUCACACGAAUAAUUACUGCGAUCCAGCGAUCUAUACGAUCUAUACAGCGAAAUUAGAAAGCUAAAUUAACAAUCGACUGCUGCGUAUUAUACAUAUUAAUAAUACUUAUAAAUAUAUAAAGGAACGCCCAUAAAUAUUGUACACUCCCCCCAGACUCGGCGGAAAUGCCGCUCCUGAACAUAUGCGUACCAAUUCAACUUCCAUAUACGACUAAGACUAAAUAGCGAAAUUAUUGAAUGAUAGCAGGCCAAGCAAAUCGGAAAAAGGUGGAUCAGACAGCGGGAAGAGGAUGGUAGGAUGGUAGGAUGGUGGGACGGUAGGAAGGACUCGAGGCAGGAGCAGAAGAAGGAUAAAAAGAGAGUUUAGUUCUUAAGCAUAACGAAGUGAAAUUGUUUAUUAAGUGGACAAAAAUUUAUUUAUACUGAAAAGUGAGAGAGAGAGAGUGGUAGUUGUGUAUAAUUCGAAUACAUAUAUACAUUUUAAUUUUUUGUAAUUUAACAAUAAUUUAUAUUGACUGUGCGAGGUUGCGUCGAUAUAUGAUUAUAUAGAGUAUAUGAAAUACCUAGUUAUAUGGCGGCCACACACACGGUCCGGUGUGUAUGUAAAUGUUAUGAUUUUUGUAUUUUUAUAUAUGAUCUUUGCAUUGCAAAAACAAUGGAAACAAUUUAAUAUUAAACACACGUAAACUAUUUUAAACGAAGCAAGUGAAAAUCGAUGCGCCUUGCAGUGGGCGCAACUUUUUAUGUAUUAAAUUAAAUAUAUUAUACACUUAUAUACAACCAGAAUAUUCAAUAUACAUACAAGAGAUGAGGAAACGAUGUAGCAGCCAGCAUUGACUCGAGAUCAAAAUAUAUAUUAAAAAUCAGCAACGGAUUCACUUAGAUCGGUAAGGGGCGUAAGUUAUAAAGCGGC